AUGGUGGCAGCGCUGCGGGGCGGCGGCGGCGAGGCCCGCGGGGGGACCGUGUCGGGCUCCUGGCUAUGCCUGAUGGCGCUGCUGCAGCUGCUGGGCUCUGCGCCGCGGGGCUCGGGACUGGCGCACGGCCGCCGCCUCAUCUGCUGGCAGGCGCUGCUGCAGUGCCAGGGGGAGCCGGAGUGCAGCUACGCCUACAACCAGUACGCUGAGGCGUGCGCGCCGGUGCUGGCGCAACGCGGCGGGGGCGAUGUGCCGGGGGCCGCCGCCGCUCUCCCUGCCUCCGCCGCCUCCUUCUCGUCGCGCUGGCGCUGCCCGAGCCACUGCAUAUCAGCCCUCAUUCAGCUCAACCACACGCGCCGCGGGCCGGCCCUGGAAGACUGUGACUGCGCUCUGGAUGAGAACUGCAAGUCAACCAAGCGCGCCAUUGAGCCGUGCCUGCCCCGGACCAGCGGCGCCGGCGCGGGCGGGGUCAUGGGCUGCACCGAGGCCCGGCGGCGCUGCGACCGCGACAGCCGCUGCAACUUGGCUCUCAGCCGCUACCUGACCUACUGCGGCAAGCUCUUCAACGGGCUGCGCUGCACCGACGAGUGCCGCACCGUCAUCGAGGACAUGCGGGCGGUGCCCAAGGCGGCGCUGCUCAACGACUGCGUGUGCGAUGGCCUCGAGCGGCCCAUCUGCGAGUCGGUCAAAGAGAACAUGGCCCGCCUGUGCUUCGGCGCCGACCUGGGCAACAGCCCCGGCAGCAGCGGCUCGGACGGGGGCCUUGACGACUACUACGACGAGGACUACGACGACGAGCAGCGCCCUGGUGGCACGGGCGGCGAGCAGCCGCUGGACGACGACGACGGCCUCCCGCACCCGCCGCGCCCGGGCGGCGGCGCUGCUGCAGCGGGCGGCCGCGGAGAUCCGCCUUACGGGCCUGGGCGCAGGAGCAGCAGUAGCGGCCGCUCGGCGCCCCGAGGCGCUUGGACCCCACUCGCCUCCAUCUUGCUGCUGCUUCUCGGGCUGAUCUUUUAGCGCUCGCGCCCCCCGCUGUUGGCUGCGGAGGGCCAGCGUCCCACUUUCGCGCGCGCUCUCCUGCCAGCUUCUGAGCUGGGGUACCUGUGGCUUGGGGACAGAGAGAGAGGAUGGUUGGGGAUACUUCCCAAAACUUUUUCCAAGUGGAUUCGGCGUACUGCCGGUCUCCCUGCCACCAGUCUUGGCCCUUCCCCAUCUCCUCUCCCCGGCUUGACUUCUUGGACCUCUUCUCUAGCUCCCAUUCCAGGCUCCAGAAACUUCCCCACUUGCCUGCCCUCCAGAAACCUAACUGUAGCGUUUGGGAUGGAGGCGGACAGAACUGUAGUCCUGGUCUCAGGAAGGACUUAGGGCCUUAACAGUUCCAGGGGUCUGGGCUUGAGAGCAUGGAGUUUGAAGGAAGGAUUAUAUUUGCAAAGGGGCUGCCUGUUUAUUAGCAUUUUUCCUUUGGAGGGGGAGUUCCAGUAUUAACUUUAUUAUUAUUAUUAUUAUUAUUGCGGCCAGUGAGGACAUUGCAAUCGUAAGUAAAUAGAAAAGUCCCUGAUUACUGAUUCAUUCAUUUACUCUUGGUAUCAGAGCUCAGAAUUCUCAGUGACACGCGUCCGGGGAAGGGGGCGCUGUGAUUGCCUUAGGAGGAGCCCCUGAAUUGGUUUUGGAUAACUUUGAGCCCUUGACCUUAAUUUCCUUGGUACCACUCAGCAUAUUUCUUAGGAUUAAGGGUCAAAAAAUGCUGAUCUAAGGGGGUGCUAUGGUGUUGAACAAUGCAACUUUUUAUUUAAAAACGCUCUGCACUGCCAUCUAUGAAAGCCUCUUUAUGAUGUUUGUUCUUUUUUCCAUCAAGAAAUUGUAUAUUCAAAUAUGCAGAGAAUUAUAUAUUACCUCUGCUUCUAUCAGGGUGCUAAACCCUGGUACAUCCUAUAUAAAGUGUAUUAAAACUGGGGUUUGUUACCAGUUGCUGUACUUUGUAUAUAGAAUUUUUAUAAAUAGUAUGCUUCAGAAAUAAUUUAUUUUUAAAAAGAAAUUAAAAUUUUAAAUUCACAUCCAUAUUUACCCUUCCCCCUGAAAUGUAUAGAAUACAUUCGUCACCAGGGAUCCAAACCUACAGUCCAUUGUGAAGUGUGCUCUAUUUAGAAUAGUCCUAAAAUGUACAGUGUAUUUUAUAGAUUUGAAGUUAACAUUCUUAUUUUCCAGAGAAUUUAUGGAUGUUGUAGAAAUGUAUAAAUGCAUUUCCAAACUGCCUUAAACAUUGUAUUUUUAUAGACAUCAUUUUUUAAAAAUCCUAAGUUUUAAAUAACUGUGGAUUUGUGUAUUUUUUGAUUAUUUGUUUUAUUAAAACAUGUACAUCAGUAAAGAGUUUUAAACAAUGAA